AUGAGGCUGUGGCUGAGAAGCCCCCUCCUGCAGACUCUGAGGAGCUCCAGAGGAUUCUGUGGACCCCCAGGGCAGCUGAGACCUUCACCUGACCCUCCUAAGAUCGUGGCCACCUGGGAAGCCAUCAGCCUAGGGAGGCAGCCAGUGCCUGAGUAUUUCAACUUUGCCCGUGAUGUGCUGGACGUGUGGAGUCAGAUGGAAAAGACUGGACACCGGCCCCCAAAUCCUGCAUUCUGGUGGGUAGAUGGCCUGGGAACAGAGGUCAAAUGGAGUUUUGAGGAGCUGGGGAGGCAGUCCAGAAAGGCGGCCAAUGUACUGGGGGGCGCAUGUGGCCUGCAGCCUGGGGACAGAAUGAUGCUGGUGCUCCCUCGAAUUCCAGAGUGGUGGCUGGUGAGCGUGGCAUGUAUGCGGACAGGGGCUGUCAUGAUCCCUGGUGUCUCUCAGCUGACGGAGAAGGACCUCAGAUACCGGCUGCAGGCGUCCAGGGCAAAGACCAUUAUCACCAGUGAAGCUCUGGCUCCGCGGGUGGACGCCAUUAGUGACGAAUGCCCUUCCCUGCAGUCCAAGCUCUUGGUGUCAGACAGCAGUCGGCCGGGCUGGAUGAACUUCAGGAAACUCCUCCGAGAAGCAUCCACAGAGCACAACUGCGUGAGGACCAAGAGUAGAGAUCCUCUGGCUGUCUACUUCACCAGUGGUACCACUGGGUCCCCCAAGAUGGUUGAACAUCUGCAGAGCAGCUACAGUCUGGGAUUUGUGGCUAGUGGAAGACGGUGGAUGGCCCUGACUGAAUCAGACAUCUUCUGGAACACAACAGACACUGGCUGGGUGAAGGCGGCCUGGACUCUCUUCUCUGCCUGGCCCAAUGGGUCUUGCAUCUUUGUCCAUGAGCUACCCCGUGUUAAUGCCAAAGUUAUCCUGAAUACUCUCUCCCAGUUUCCAAUCACUACUCUCUGCUGUGUCCCCACCAUCUUUCGGCUGCUUGUGCAAGAGGAUUUGACAAGAUGCCAGUUUCCGAGUCUGAGACACUGUUUGACUGGAGGAGAGUUCCUGAAUCCUGACGUGAGGGAAAAGUGGAAGAGCCAGACAGGCCUGGAACUGCAUGAAGGUUACGGCCAAUCAGAAACAGUUGUCAUCUGUGCCAAUACAAAAGGCAUGGAAAUCAAAUCUGGAUCCAUGGGGAAAGCAUCUCCACCUUACGACGUGCAGAUUGUGGAUGACAAGGGCAAUGUCCUGCCUCCAGGAGAAGAGGGGGAUGUUGCGGUUCGUAUCAGACCCAGCCGGCCCUUCUGUUUCUUCAAUUGCUAUUUGGACAAUCCUGAAAAGACAGCUGCCUCCGAAAGAGGGAACUUUUACAUCACUGGGGACCGAGCCCACAUGGACGAGGAUGGAUACUUUUGGUUCAAAGGAAGAAAUGAUGACGUGAUCAAUUCUUCAGGCUACCGGAUUGGUCCUGUGGAAGUAGAGAGUGCCCUUGCUGAGCACCAGGCUGUCCUGGAGGCCGCUGUGGUCAGCAGUCCUGACCCUAUCAGGGGAGAGGUCGUAAAGGCAUUUAUAGUCCUUUCUCCAGCCUACUCCUCUUGGGAUCAGAAGGAACUAACCCAGGAACUCCAGGAGCACGUGAAAAGGCUGACAGCUCCAUACAAGUAUCCCAGGAAGGUGGCCUUUGUUUCAGUUGCCAAAGACGGUUUCUGGAAAGAUUCAAAGGAGUAA